ACCGCCCAUAAGCCUAAUUGACUGAGGAGUCUGGGAGUCAAGAUGGCGGCUGCCUCAGCUGUGCGGGUCCUUGAGAGCAGCCUCGCCCGGAACCUCAAGGAAAUCCGCAUCCACCUCUGCCAGAGUUCGCCGGCCAGCCAGGGGGUCAGAGAUUUCAUAGAACAGUACUACGUCACUUUAAAGAAGGCAAAUCCAGACUUUCCUAUCCUGAUCAGAGAGUGCUCAAAUGUGCAGCCCAAGCUUUGGGCUCGAUAUGCAUUUGGCAGAGAGAAGAGUGUGCCACUAAAUAACCUAAACAUGGACCAAGUAGCCAAAGCCCUGGAGAAUGUUGUUAAUAGCAAAGCAUAAAUAUAAUGAAUGGUUCCUGCGUUUGAGUUUAGCUCCAGCUGCAGAACACUUCUGUGUGUAAAUUGCAUAUAAAGGAAUGUGACCUAAGAAAUAAAGUCCUUGAACUCCGA